AUGAAAAGCAAAAAGAUGGAAGCGGUAUAUUUGCGGGAUGCUCCACGAUGGACUAGAGAAUUACAGGACAAUAUCUCGAAAUUCUUUCCCUUAUAUCGGACCGGGGAUCUGGGCAAGUACACUGAAGACGGCGAGUUCCACUUUGUCGGACGAAAGGACAAUCAAGCCAAAAUGCGUUGCCAACGGGUGGAACUCGAGGAACUACGCUGGCAUCCCCUGCUGCUGCCGGAAACGGGGCUCUCACUCACGCCAUUCAUAGCUGUAGGUGCGGACAAGUUGGUAGGAUCUCUUGAUUGGGAGCAGACGGACAAGCCGGCUAUUCAGAAAUCGCCAACUGAACAGAAUGCGUUUGCCUCGCCUACCUCAAACGGCCGGUCCAAACUGGCGCGUCUCGUGCCUGCUUAUACCGUUCCAUCACUCUACGUGCCUCUACGAAGCAGUCCCUUGACUCCGAACGGAAAGACAGACAGAAAAGGACCGCAACAGCUGGUGUCUAUGUUCACCAGGGCGGAUUGGCGGCGAUUUCAAGCCCCAGGGCAGGAAUAUCAGCCCGCAUCCAGUUCGGUUGAGAAGCAACUUGCUCAUCUUUGGAUAUCGUUACUCCGAGUCACAGAAGUUGGGCUCCAGGACGAUUUCUUUGGACUUGGAGAAUCUCUCUGUGCAUUGCGUCUAGUCGUCGCUGCUCGAAGGGAAGGCCUGUCACUGUUGACGGACAAGAUCGUCAUGAACCCAGCUUUGAUAGCCAUGGCAGAGGUCGCUUCUUCCAUUUCCAAGGUAGAUCUCGUCUACCACCGGAGCUACUGCCCUGCUUCAGAGUUGAAGUACAACCGUUUCAUCGAGCGAGUCGUUCAGAUGGAUCACCACGCAGCGACGGCGUUCUGGAAGUCGUAUCUAGCCGACGUGGACACGAAGCCGUUUGGUGAUGUUCCCAAAGGUCUUUCGGGUUUUUGCCGCCAGAUGCCUCCAACGCCAUGUCAGGUUGGUAAGCUGCUCGCGGAGUACCAAGCCAAUAUCUACGCGUCCGAAUAUCUCUUCCGUCACGAUCAGUAA